UCCGCGUGUGAUUAAGAGAAGAAAAUAAAAUCAAUUCAGGAUUGGAAUCGUGAUCGCUUCCGUGACAAUUAUUGUGCUAAAAAUUAAACAAACUGAAGAACGAUUCAAUACGGCAGAUACCGAACGGCAGCAGCUGCGAGAGUUGGUACGAUUUCUGCAGGAAAAAUACUUCGCAUUGGAGCAUCAAAACGAAAUCCUACGAGGAGAAAAUGACAUGAAGGUAGAGAUAAUAUUUCGAGCCAACAUUGAAACGAAGGAUCUUUACAACACAAUCAUGGAUCUGCGGGGAAUUAUUCGGGUGUUUUUCCGAGUAUGGCCACCACUAGCAUCCGUGGCAGACCGAUUGGAGUGUGCCUGGAAGUAUCUGAACGAGCAGUCACUGGUCAUCAGAUCGUCGCCACCGAUGGAAGCAAUAAGCGAAUGGAGUUCAAUCGAGAACAACGCAGGACUCAGGAGGACAUUUAUUCAAACGUGGGCACCCUUGAUCCAAUCAGCCUGGAUGGGUACAACAAAGAACGUCUUGCCCGAACAGGACAGCAAUUAAAAUUAGCGGUUUCGAAGUUUCUCCGAAUGCUGAAGCCUUCCGUGCCGCUCUGUAUAACAUCACUCCAGCGAAGGUGAUCCGGAACCGAGCCCUGCAGGGAAAUUGCCCAAUAUCCACUCGCCCAAUCUGCGGAAAGUUCUGCCGUGGCCCAAGGAUGACUCAGCACCUAACGACGAUGACGAAAACGUGGAGAAACUUAUCAUCAUCGGCUUGUUUAGAACUGAAGGAGAUGAAUCAGUUGACCGGUUCAAGGUGUAUUGCCAUUGCAUGAGACCCGACCCCUGGAGGCGACUGGAUACAAGGCGAACGCCUUCAUAAUAGAUCAGAGCAUAUAGUGAGCUAAA